CCGGGCUAAGCCGCUCGCCAUGUCGGCCUCCCCGGUGAAGCGCGCCAGGAUGGACAACGCGCUCGAGCAGCUCAAGCAGUUCACCACGGUGGUGGCGGACACGGGCGACUUCCACGCCAUUGAAGAGUACAAGCCCCAGGAUGCCACCACCAACCCAUCCCUGAUCCUGGCUGCAGCGCAGAUGCCGGUCUACCAGGAGCUGGUGGAGGCGGCCAUCGCGUAUGGCAAGAAGCAGGGCGGGUCACAAGAGGAACAGAUCAAAAACGCCAUCGACAAGCUCUACGUGUUGUUUGGUGCCGAGAUCCUGAAGAAGAUUCCCGGUCGUGUGUCCACGGAAGUUGACGCCAGGCUCUCGUUCGACAAGAAUGCCAUGGUGGCCCGCGCACGGCGCCUCAUCGAGCUAUACCAGGAGGCCGGCGUGGGCAAGGAGCGGGUACUCAUCAAGCUGUCGUCCACCUGGGAGGGCAUCCAGGCUGGAAAGGAGCUGGAGGAGCAAUACGGCAUCCACUGCAACAUGACGCUGCUCUUCUCCUUCGCCCAGGCCGUGGCCUGCGCCGAGGCAGGGGUGACGCUUAUCUCGCCUUUUGUGGGGCGCAUCCUCGACUGGCACGUGGCCAACACGGACAAGAAGGCCUACGAGCCACAGGAGGACCCAGGUGUGCAGAGCGUCACCAAGAUCUACAACUACUACAAGAAGUUUGGCUACAAGACCAUCGUCAUGGGCGCCUCCUUCCGCAACACGGGCGAGAUCAAGGCGCUGGCGGGCUGCGACUUCCUCACCAUCGCGCCCAAGCUCCUGGGGGAGCUGCUCAAGGACAGCAGCAAGCUCACCCCUGCGCUGACGCCCAAGGCCGCCCAGGCCAGUCCCUUGGAGAAGCUGCACCUAGAUGAGGCGGCCUUCCGCUGGCUGCACAACGAGGACCAGAUGGCGGUGGAGAAGCUCUCGGACGGCAUCCGCAGGUUCGCAGCCGACUCAGUGAAGCUGGAGCGGAUGCUGAAGGAGCGGAUGUUCAGCGCCGAGAACGGGAAAUAGAGCACUCCAGCCUGAGCCAUCACUGCCGCUUCAUGCCCCACCGGGCCAGCCAGUACAGUACAGUCCAGGACGAGCCAACCCCUCCAGCGCGAGCCUUCAACGGGCAGCCCUGGGCCUCCCUCGUCUUGUCACUCUGGUCUCAAGCAUUAAAGCCGUCACUGCCUG